AUGCUUGAGAACCAUGUGACAAACAAGGAGCCAAAGACAAAGAAAGACGAGCUAAAAGUGUACUACCGCAGCACGAUGUCUCCAACAUGGAAGACGGAUGAGCAGGUGAUCCGCGGUAUUGUUCGCCGUAACUGCCAACCUACGGAUGGGGAACAGCGACUGGUCAUCUCAAAAAAGGCGGCACAGAGGCAGCACGAGAAGUCGCACUCGCUCGAAGUGCUCAGGGAGGUGCAGAAUGAGCAGCUGCGAGAGCCAAGGGACUGCAUCCAGUGCAAGGAGAAGGACGAGAUCAUCGGAAAACUGCGGAAACAGAUCGAAGUGCUCCAAGACAUCAACAUCACCAGCAACAACGUUCAUGGACUCGCAAGGCGCCUUGAAGACGCCGUGAUUUGGCUGGAAGAAAACAAAGGGCGGCUUGCGAAAGAUGUAUCCGUUGUCAACGUGGACGACUACGACGACGCUGAUACAGGUGCCUCAGCCAGCCCAAGGAGCGAGGCGGGAGCUUCCCACCACCUAUCCACCCCUGCUCGUCCACUGGCAAUGCCGUCGACCAGUCGGACCGAAGCCGAAACUCCCACGAGGCGGCCAACUCACCAUGACGUGAAGAUGGUCACCAUCGGGCCCUUCACGGCCAUCACAUCUGCGGCCUUUUGCCUCAUCAACUUUGAUGACAAGAAGAAGGCCAUUCACGACAUGAUGAUGGCCGUAUUCGGAAAAGAGGUGCUGGGCAGCUCCUCUAUGAGGGGACAAGCAUGUCCCCUCAACAAGAACAAGGGGCUUGAGCAGCCGACGAGGCCGGCCCUUGAUCAAGGGAAGCUUCGUGAUGUUAUCACGUUCUUGGUCAACCGGCUGAAGAUGCCCGAGUCGGAAGUAAAGGACGUGAUAAGAAAGAAAAUAAACGACGAGAACAGCGCGGCCCUAGAAGAGGGCCGAGCAGGGCCAGUAAGGGCGCAGUGUCCGGGCGCCCUACCCUCGUCCCUCCAGCUGGAAUGGAACCGUGCUCAACGCCCGUUUGAGAAUAAUGGCGAGUGUGGUGUCCUGUACGAAAUCCUGCAAGACAACGUGUACGACACCGUUCAUGGUACCCUUUACGAUACCAUGUACGACACCUUGUACGAUACCCUGCACGACAGCGUGCAUGGUACCCUACACAAUAUCAUGUACGACACCGUACACGGUACCCUGUACGGCACCGUGCAUGGUGCUCUGUACGGCACCGUGCAUGGUGCCCUGUACGGCACCGUGCAUGGUGCCCUGUACGGCACCGUGCAUGGUGUCCUGUACGGCACCGUGCAUGGUGCCCUGUACGGCACCGUGCAUGGUGCCCUGCACGGCACCGUGCAUGGUGCCCUGCACGGCACCGUGCAUGGUGCCCUGUACGGCACCGUGCAUGGUGCCCUGUACGGCACCGUACAGGGCACCCUGCAGGAACCCUGUUCCUCAACCUCGAGACGCUCGAGUGAGCGUCGCGAUGCUGCCCUCUGCAAGCUGGCGGCCGACAUCCUCGACCUCGCCAACCCCGCCCACCCACUGUACCCGGGCGAGCAGCUGGCAAAUUGCUGCUCGCCGCCGCAGCUGCCGCGUUCGGGCUGUUUCGUCGCGAGUGUGCCGCCCACCAUGUUCUCCCAAACCUCUCGCGACUGUGCCGGUGCCGGCGCGUACAACUUCUACCCCAUGUACCACGCGCACCACGCGGCUGGCUCGCAGACGGCCGGCUAUGGGGACUCAGCCGCCACGCACCUGACGCUGCCCUACUCUCAGUACCCUUCCGAGGCGGGCUACUGGGACAACUACCACCGCUCGGUGAUCGGCGGCUACAACGAGUGGCACGGCCAGGGUUUCGGCGGCGCGCCGCCGCUGGCCGCCGCGGCGCCGGCCCACCUGGCCACCCAGCCGGGCACGCCGUCCCCGCAGCAGUGUCCGGCCGGGCCGGGCGUGGCCACCGGCAGGAACGACUCGCCCGACAGCGGCAUAGUGACGGGCGCGGCCGACCUGCCGCUCUCGGCCGGCUCCGGCGGCCUGAUGUCGGCGCCGACGGGUGCGGCGGACCUGGCGGCCGGCGGCGGCUACCCGCGACCGCAGCCGCCGCCGCAGCAGGCGCAGCAGCAGCAGCAGCAGCAGCCGAGUCAGCAGCAGCCGCAGCCGGCCAGGGACAGCUGGGAGUGGCUCGACAGGAACUCGUACCCCACCUCGGCCCGACCGCCACCAGGGAAGACCCGCACCAAGGACAAGUACCGCGUAGUGUACAGCGACGCCCAGCGACUGGAGCUCGAGAAGGAGUUCCGCUACAACAACUACAUCACCAUCAAGAGGAAGCUGGAGCUGUCGCGCAUCCUCGGCCUAACCGAUCGACAGGUGAAGAUCUGGUUCCAGAACCGCCGCGCCAAGGAACGGAAGCAGAAAGGCGAUGAGGAGACGGCCAAGAGGCAGAUGAUCGAUCUCCAACAGGCGGGCGGCGGCGGCGGCGGCGGUACCGCUGCCAGUGACAUCCAGCUGGGCGGACUGAACCACGCGCACCUACAG